CCUGUCUGCUCAGUGUCUGAAGACAGUGACUUCCUUAUUUUACUCCUCUCCAUAUCUGGAAUUUAUUUCUACUUAAAGGACGAUGGUUCCAGUUAAACUUCUCAUUCUUGGAUCUCAAAACUCUGGAAAAACAGCUCUGUGUGUUCGACUCCUUACCAAGCGCUUCAUUGGAGAAUACGACCAUAAAAAAGAGGUGACCUACAGGUGCAGUCGGGUGGUGGACCAGGAAGCUGUUGAUCUGGAGAUUUUGGAUUUAGCUUGUAAGGUGGUCGUCCUGCAGGACAGCUGUGCAGCCUCUCUGGAGGCGUCGCUCCGCUGGGCCGACGGCUUCCUGCUGCUCUACUCCAUCACACAGCGCCUCAGCUUCCUGGAGGUUCCUCGCCUCAAGAAACUCAUCGACCAAACCAAGCAGAGUCUGGUUGUUCCUACAGUGCUGGUAGCCAAUAAAGCGGACCUGGAAAUCGGCAGGGAGGUCACAACAGAGGAAGGACAGAGACUGGCCAAGGAUUUAAGGUGUGGUUUCAGGGAGCUGUCGGUGGCAGAAUCUGUUUUAGCUGUGGAAACCUCCGUGAUUCAGCUCAUCAGGUUGGUGUUGGAUCAGCAGCGUCCUCUUCCUGACCGACGCUCCUACAUGCUGACAGUUCGCCACGCUCUGACCCGGAAACUGACCAGAUCCAAAACCAUGCAGUGGUGACGGCAACGAGAAACCAGUCUGCAGCUAUUCCAGUGGGACAUCUGAGAAAAUGGACUCUUGAAGUAUUUCACAGACGGAGACAGAGGAUGGGGACGAUAACAACAAUGGAUGUGUGGCGAGACGAUGACAUCACAGCGGUCACCAAGGAGACGAAAGUUCAGAACCCGAGUCACCUCUUCCUCUCAGAAUAGAAGAUGACUCAUCAUCCUCGCAUCAUCACACCGGGAGCCAAUCGGAGCGCUGCGUGUCACCACCUGCAUCAACAGACAACAGACCAAUCACAGAGCGACGGCUUUUCAAUUUCUAUACAUUUUACGUUCUGAAUAAAUACAUUAAUUAAAUUAAAUGCUCUUUCCGGAACUAGAAGUUUGUAUACAAAUAAAAUAAACAAUAUUAUAGUAUGUAUUUCCUUGCCACCACCUCCUUUCCCCAUUAGUAGAUUAUUUUAAUAUAAGGAAUAUUAAAUAUCCCUAUCAUAUUUUUAUGUUUCAACCAGUGAAUGAAAAGCAGCCCAUCUUUGUUGAAUGUCAGCUUAUUGUCUUUUUCUGCCUUUAACAGUUAUUAUCGCCCCACAAGUUUAAACUAAAUAGGGUUUGUCUCGUGACAAUAUUGCUCCACAGUGCCACCAGUGGUCAAACACUCCACAGGGUACCUUUAAUUAGAAGUAGUAAAGUGUACAGUAAUCAAUAGAAACUCGCCACAGAUAUACAACACCUUGUUUGUGAGAGAACAACAGAUACAGCCUGUCUCGAGAUGGGAAAACCUCUGUCAACUGAUAUCUUGAGAGAGAAAGGACACAGAGAAAAACAGUAAUAAGAGAUCAUAACAUGUAACGUGACAGUUAUUGACUUUUGUUUGAAUAAGAAUGGACAGAAAAAGCUGAUAGUAAUCACCAUGUCACCUCUUACACACCCUCUGAUGUUAAGAGAGCCAUUGAUGCCCGUACCAAAUUUCGAGACAAUCCAUUUGUAGAGAUAUCUCAAUAAAUAUAAUGCCCUUCUUACAAGCCUCUUUCACGGAAAUCUACCCAGAUUAUGUAACAGGUCACAGCUCUGAUACCUGCAGCACAAUGGACGGGGUUUUAAUCUCUCCAUUUCUCUCUCUCAUAGGAGUUAUGUGGGGCAGCAUGAGGAAUGAGAUGGGCAAGCCUGAGCAGACGUUGAAGCAAAAAAGCUAAUGAAUUCCUCUUUUACAGAGUGUGUGUGUGUGUGUGUGUGUGUGUGUGUGUGUGUGUGUGUGUGUGUGUGUGUGUGUGUGUGUGUGUGUGUGUGUGUGUGUGUGUUGUAGCUGCAGGCAAUAUAUAUCGGGGUGUCAAAACGAUCAAUCAAAACCGUCCCUACCUUCCUUUUUCAUGAUUUGUAUUUCACACAAGCCUGGCUGAUUAGGCUCUAGUUAAAGCUGUACAAGCAAAUGUGUGAGUUCACCAAACUUGUUUUAAUAAGAAUAAUAAAGCUUUAAUUUGUCCCCCCAAGCUAAUAGAAAAGGGAGCUAUAUGUCAGUCGGCUGGUCUGUACACGCCUACACAAUCCUGAAAUCACCUGUGUGUGUAUAGCAGGGUGCAGGCCUUUAAUGCAACAACUGUUGUAUUCAUUCAAGUGCAUUACAUUGUAAAUAAUACAAAUAAAUGAUCAAAUAAGUAAAUAUCAAUGAUUUUCAA